UUACAUAUUUUGCUACCUACUAUUUGCGCAGUAAUUAUUCUUGAAUGUGUUUGGUGCUCUUUCAACUGUGUUUGUCCAAAAUAGUGUUGAAAUCUCUACUCAGCGUCGCUAACCAUGGGCAUGAAUGCGGCCGUGUAUUUUUUCUAUAACUAAUAUUCUUUAUCUAUGUUUGUAAGAGCAUCUCUUCGGGAUCCUCUACGUCAUUUUAGUCUCUAAUCUAGUUCAACAUUUUCAAGGACCGCAUUCAUUUAUUGUGCGCUAGUUUAAUAUAAAUUUUGGUUCAGUUCACAGGCGCACGCACGUCUGAGUUUACCUCAUGUCUUUUGGAUUUUAUAAUAGGCCUACUGUCGUUUUGCCUAAAUCUACGUAGUAGUUUUCUUUUUAGAUAUUUUAUUGCCAUUGAAGUCUAAAAUUACAGUAUUGUAAAUAUACCAUUGUAUUAAAAACUGGAAGUAUUUUAAUAUGUUUGUAGUUCGUUUGACUGGACUCAAAGUGCCGCUGUUGGUUAGUGUUUCACAGUUUAGACAGAAGAUUUGCAGCAGUUCCACCCCCAUCAUCUCCAUAUUAUAACACAGACGAAAGCUAAGCGCACAGACUGAAGAGGACAGAAAACGGAGAUAAACCUUUCUUGUUUCUGCGCUAUUAACCGUUUUUUUUCAGUUGGAUGUAUGUAACAUUUUUUUUUUUUUGACGGGCAUUCAGUGGAAAAAACGUCUUUUUUCUCUGUUCUUCUGGAAAUUUCGGACAAAACAAUGGCGCGGCAAGUACUGCUGGUUAUUUGGUUUCUCUCUCUCGGUUCAGCUCUCGGGCAGGUCAGUUACUCCAUUCCUGAGGAAAUGGCGAAAGGCUCUUUAGUCGGUAACAUAGCGCAGGAUUUGGGUUUAGAUUUAAAGAGACUGAAAUCUGGUAAAGCUCGUAUUUAUACAGGAGACAGCACUGAAUACAUCGAGCUGAAUAAAGACAGAGGAGUCCUCCUCAUCAAAGAGAGAAUAGACCGAGAGGCGCUAUGCGGACAGACAACGCCUUGCGCACUACAUUUACAGAUUAUUUUGGAAAACCCGAUGGAUUUUUAUAGCAUUACCAUUGAGAUAACUGAUAUGAAUGACAACGCUCCCAGUUUUGAAAAAGGUAGGAUUAGUUUUAGAAUCAGCGAAUCGGCUAUUUUGGGAUCUAAAUUCAUGUUAGAGCCUGCUGUAGACCCCGAUGUCGGAAUAAACGGCCUUCAAAGCUAUACACUUAAUCCAACUGAUAAUUUUAACCUUAAAUAUAAAAAUCAACCCGGAGACGGGCAAAACGUUGAAAUAGUCUUGCAGAGGCCGUUAGACCGUGAAAAACAGCAGGAUGUAAUAUUAGUGCUCAAAGCUGUUGAUGGUGGAGAUCCUCAAUUGUCUGGUAGUAUAGAGAUUCACAUUACAGUUUUAGAUGUAAACGACAACGCUCCAAUUUUCACGCAGUCAGUGUAUAAAGCGACUGUUACAGAAAAUGCGCCGAAAGACACAAUUGUGUCAACAGUGAGCGCAACUGACGCCGACGAGGGUAUCAAUGGUAAAAUAGAGUAUUCCAUAACAAACAUGCAAGAUCAUGUGCGACACUUAUUUGACAUAAAUAAAGAAAAUGGCCAGGUUUCCGUGGUCGGAGUGAUAGAUUUUGAAAAAGCUCGCAACUAUGAGAUUCGUGUCCAAGCGAGUGAUCACGGUGGUCUUACUGAUUCUUGUAAGAUCAUUGUUGACGUACUUGAUAUAAAUGAUAAUAAACCAGUGAUCGAUAUCGUCUCCAAAACCAACGUGAUAGCUGAAAAUUCUCCGUCUGACACGGUUGUUACAAUGAUAAAUGUGCAGGAUCCUGAUUCAGGCGAAAAUGGAAAGGUUCAGUGCUCUAUAAAUGAAAAUAUACCAUUUUCUCUGAAAUCAGUGAAAACAAAUUUCUUUAGUCUAGUGACAGACAGUGAUUUAGACAGAGAAAAGGAGUCCAACUAUAACAUUAGUGUGACGUGCACUGAUGAGGGCGUGCCCUCUCUCUCCAGCAGCAUCAUUCUCUGCUUACAAAUAUCAGAUGUGAAUGAUAACGCGCCUGUCUUUGAGAAAAGCUCUUAUGAGACCUCUGUUCAAGAAAACAACACACCGGGUCUUUCCAUCUUCACAGUGAGCGCCAGUGACGCAGAUUUUAAUCAGAAUGCUCGUGUGUCUUACAUACUGGAAGACUCCUCUGUUAACGGAGUGCCCGUCUCCUCGUUAGUGUCCGUCAGUGCUGAUAGUGGAGUCAUACACGCAGUGCGAUCUUUCGAUUACGAGCAGAUUAAAUAUUUCCAUGUCCGCGUAAAAGCGCAAGAUGGAGGCUCACCUCCUCUGAGCAGCAACGUGAGUGUGAAAAUAAUAAUUCAGGAUCAGAAUGACAACGCGCCUCAGGUUCUGUAUCCGGUCCAGUCUGGUGGUUCUGUGGUGGCUGAAAUAGUGCCUCGUUCGGCAGAUGUGGGUUAUCUGGUCACUAAAGUGGUCGCUGUUGAUGUGGACUCUGGACAGAAUGCCUGGCUCUCAUAUAAACUGCAGAAAGCCACAGACAGGGCGCUGUUUGAAGUGGGUUUACAGAAUGGAGAAAUAAGAACUGUGCGCCAGGUGACAGAUAAAGAUGCUGUGAAACAAAGACUCGCUGUUGUAGUGGAGGACAACGGACAGCCCUCUCGUUCAGCUACAGUCAAUGUUAACGUGGCGCUGGCGGACAGCUUCCCUGAAGUGCUCUCGGAGUUCACUGACUUUACGCACGACAAAGAAUACAACGACAACCUGACUUUUUAUCUAGUCUUGGCUCUGGCUGUGGUUUCGUUUCUCUUUAUCGUGUCUAUCAUCGCCAUACUGUCAGUCAAAUGCUACAGAUGGAGACGCGAGCGGAUGUUUUACAAAUCUGGAGCGAAUCUUCCAGUUAUUCCGUAUUAUCCGCCCCUUUACGCAGACGUAGGGGGCACAGGAACAUUACAGCACGUGUACAAUUAUGAUGUUUGCAGAACCACUGACUCCAGAAAGAGUGAUCUGAAAUACGUCAGACCUUGCAGUGAGAGCAUCAUUAGUCUGGACACCAGUGGAACACAGACACUCACACACGCGAAACUGACAACUGAGAGUCGUGACGACCAGGUGAGAAUUUGUAUUUUACUACAUUUUUGUCGCAUCAGAAAUUUCUGUUUUUAAUUGUUGGCUGCUGCUCCUGGACGAAAAGAUUGCUCUCCAAAGCUUUGAAAUUCAGUCUGUACAAGAUCGUGCAUAUUCUAAACAUUUCUUGUUUUACAACUAACUUCUUGCUGUCGUUUUAAGACAAUAGUUCGCAUGGUUACAUCUUUGCUGUAGUAUGGUGGUAGUAGGACAGUAGGCUAAAUCUUGAUUUAUUCUUUUUUUAUUGUUGAUGUCCAGGGACCUGAUUAAACGGUCUUCUCUUGAUUUGUUUAAUAUUUUAUUUUCAUAGUUUUGAUGUUUUGUUGCAU